ACAGGCUUUCCCUCUGCUGUUCUGCUUGUUUCUCCUCCGGGAAGGUGUGGCAGGACACCAAUCGGGCGUACGAGGUGUCGAGGUGACACGAAUCAUCUUUGCCUUCACUGGUGCCCCUUUCCGCGUGGAUGUGUUUGAGUGGGCUUGUCAACAGUCGACGGGGCUAUUAGCCAACACAAUUCUGCUGAUCCUGUUUUUUUCAAAUUUACACACACGAUACCCAGGCAUGACACUGCGCUGCCCCUCGGUACCCUCAAACGCACUCGAUCUCCAGCCAUGUCGAGGAGAAUCUACUUCCUGUUGAUUCUGGUGCGCAUCUACUUUGCUCUUUCGCCAAGCUACCUGCACCCAGACGAGAACUUCCAGGGCCCAGAAGUCAUAGCAGGACGCGUCUUUGGAUACCCCGUCCACAAAACAUGGGAAUUCAGAUCCACGCACCCCAUCCGCAGCACCUUCCCACUAUGGCUCGCCUACGGCUUGCCCAUGUACAACAUGCGCUGGCUCUGGGAGGGGUUUGGGUAUGAGGUAUCGCCGUCGGUUGUAUACUGGACUCUGCGUGUGCUCAUGCUCACCCUGAGCGUCGUCAUGGAAGACUGGGCCAUCCAUGAGCUCGUCGAGUCUCCGCGCGCUCGACGCGUUGCCGUUGUGCUGGUUGCGUCAUCGUAUGUGACAUGGACCUUCCAAACGCACACUUUCUCCAACAGCAUCGAGACGCUGCUUGUGUGUUGGAGUUUGGUUCUGAUCCAGAGGAUCUUGAAUGACAAGAAGCGCUCUGGCAUCUUGGCCUCCUCCCUCUUGGGCUUUAUGUUUGUUGUAGGAAUAUUCAACCGCAUCACGUUUCCUGCCUUUCUACUUGUCCCUUCGUUGACCUUGCUGCCGCAUUUCCUGCGCAAGCCAUUCUCCUUGGUCUUUCUCGCGCUAUCCGCUCUCUUUACAGCUUUCCUUGCUAUCUGCGUAGACACGGCGUUCUAUACCCCUGGCGACUUUACUUUCUCCAAAGCUUUCCAAAAUCCAGUCGUUACUCCUUUCAACAAUUUCCUUUACAAUUCCGAUUCGGCCAACCUUGCCCAACAUGGCAUCCACCCACGAUACCAACAUUUCCUGGUCAAUCUCCCGCAAUUACUCGGCCCGGCAUUUCCAUUGCUGUUCUUCAUUCGCCGAGCGCAUCUAACCCCGGUUCUGGUUUCGGCACUCUCCGGCACCGCUCUGCUCAGUAUCUUCCCUCACCAGGAAGCCAGGUUUUUGCUCCCCGCCGUGCCACUCAUACUUUCCUCCAUCCGCUUUCCAAGUUCUCGCUUUAGGAAGUUGGGAUUGUCAACGUGGAUCAUCUUCAAUGUCGUUCUUGGUGUGUUGAUGGGUGUCUACCAUCAAGGCGGCAUUGUUCCUGUGCAGAUGCACAUUGCGAAAACGAACGAGACAGUCACCCAUGCAUUCUGGUGGAAGACAUACAGUCCACCGAUUUGGCUCUUAAACGGAAAAAACGAGGAGUUGACAACGGUCGACUUGAUGGGCAUCCCUGGCGAACAGAUGCUAAACAAGGUCAAAGAGGCUCUGCCGACUUGUCGGACACGCAAACUACCCCGACUCGACCGAGGCGCUAUAUACCUGGUCGCACCUCGUUCCGCAUAUUUCCUAAAGCCUUUCCAAACCCUUACUUCAAGAGAAGAGAUUCUGCUUGAAGAGGUCUGGACUUACAGGCGGCAUCUCAAUCUCGACGACAUGGACUUUGGCGACGACGGCUUCUGGAAGACUAUGGGUCGGGUAGUUGGAGAUCGAGGGCUGGUGGUCUGGCAGGUUACGCGGAACUGCUGGGCCGAGACCGGGUAGAGCUCUUUUCGUGAUCCCAGAAGGGGGUUGAUACGUGGAGGGGAAGAUUUCCUGUCAUUUUCAGAUGUACGAAAUAGGGUUUAGACGUUUAUACUGUGGGGCGCGAGCCGGUGGAUAUUUCCUUGAACUUAUUACUUUUUCGACUUUCAAUACUAGAUACCCACUUUACUAUAGCUCUUCUAAUGUACAUCUCU